GUUAGGACUGUGCAGUGCGAAAAGAUAAAUUAAAUGUAUGAUUACGAGAGACAUUAUCUAUGUUUCACCAUUAAUAAUUGACUUAAUGCCAGAAAUGCAUCAAAAACCUGCUUAAAUUUGUUAAGAGAUAACUUAUUUUUAUAUGAAGGAUACAUAUUCACAAGGCAGCAUGCAUUGGCUCAAGAUCUCAUGUAUCCUGUGUUUGUUUGGAUGUUUUAAGGACUUCCGUCCCUCUGAAUCAUUUAUAACAGAUUACUUGACAGGGCCAUGGAAAAAUUUCACUACUAAUGAAGUGAAUCAAGACAUCUAUCCUGUGACGACAUACAGCUACUUAGCAACACUAAUACUCGUGUUCCUGAUCACAGACUUUGUACGAUAUAAGCUUAUCAUCAUUCUCUGUGGUCUCUCUGGCAUUAUUACAUAUCUCAUGAUAAUCUUUGGAAAGACUGUGAUGAUGUUCCAGAUUGUGGAAUUCUUUUACGGCUUAUUCUUUUCCACAGAAGUGGCCUAUUACACUUACAUUUAUGCCAAAGUAGAUAAGAAGCACUAUCAAGAAGUGACAAGCCACACUAAAGCAGCUACACUCUUUGGUCGCAGUUUGUCCGGCAUUGUAGCGCAAUUAACGGCCUCUUUUAAUUUGCUGGACUAUCACCAACUGAAUUAUUUAACUCUCUCAGCUAGCACUAUUGCGACGGUCUGGUCGUUCUUUUUGCCCUCCGUAGGCCAAUCGAUAUAUUUCCAUCGUGCCAGCGUUUCCGACGAAGAACAGGGGAAAGGAACACUUGAUCAUCAUUCGCAGCAUUUGAGCAAUUCGCGAGAAUUAGCCAAUAAUAAGAUUGAUGAAAAAAAGCACUGCUGCUAUGCUGUAUCAGCGGCACCGCUGCUUCGCAAGAUCAGAAACGCCUAUGCGUUAUUAUGGAAACACUUUGUACAAGCUUACACUGAUUAUCGCGUGGUCAAAUGGUCGGUUUGGUGGGCCCUGGCAACCUGCGGCUAUUUGCAAGUCAUUAAUUACAUGCAGCUGCUGUGGCAGACUGCGGUAGGACCAAACGACAUGAUCUACAACGGCGCCGUGGAUUUUAUCUAUGCGAUCGUAGGUGCAGUGACUGUAUUUUGUGUCGGAAAGGUUCGAUUAAAUUGGACUCUAAUAGGGGACAUAAUGUUGUCCGUGUUCUCGCUUCUAGAAGGCGUUAUAUUGUUAGCAUCCUCUUACAGUCACAAUAUUUGGCUUCUAUAUGCCGCCUACGUCACAUUUGGCGUGAUUUACCACACCAUGGUCACUGUUGCAAGCUUCGAAGUCGCCAAAUGUAUAUCUGAGGAUAGCUACGGCCUGAUAUUCGGGGUGAACACGUUCUUCGCAUUAUUAGCGCAGAGCUUGCUAACGCUCGUAGUUGUCAACACGCUUUUACUGGAUAUUAGACAGCAAUUUUUUGUUUAUGGUGGCUAUUUUGUAAUUUUGGCUGUGGUAUACGUUAUAAUGGGCAUCAUCAACAUCGUGCAACACCGUCGAAGCGAUAAAAAUUUUCAUCUAUGGAUCAACGAUGACAAUAAAUCAUCUGCGGCGCAAAACACGAGCGACAUAACGUCGUUCAAAUCCGAGCAAAAUGAUAUGAAUACGAUACCGUUGCUGCUGGCAAUCGGCGAGAUUUCGGCGCAAUGUCUAACGGGAAACGACGUCCCGUCGACCCAGGACCCAGCGUCAAAAAUGUCAUUGACAGACGCUCGUUUCGGCUUUGCGCUGGACAGCAUGAAAAAGGUCGCGCAGCAUGAGACGAGAGACAACAUCUUCUUCAGUCCGCAAAGCAUACACCAGGCCCUGAGCCUGGCGUACUUUGGUACCCGCGGUACCACCGAGGAGGCCUUGAAGCAGGCCCUCCGCAUCCCUAAUGAGCUGUCCAAAGUCGACGUACAACGCUACUACGCGUACGAGAAAUCGCUCAAUGAGAUGCGUUCCCAGAUGAAUGGAUCCGCUCAGUCCUACGAGUACAAAGUCGCCAACAGAUUUUGGAUUACAAAUUCGAAGAAACUGCGCGAAUGCAUGCUCGAUUUCUUCGGCGAUCAGUUGCAAGUGACCGACUUCCGUACGAAUCCCGAAGAGGUGCGGAAUCGUAUCAACAAUUGGGUCAGUAACAUGACGAAGAACCAUAUCCGCGAUCUCCUGCCACCAGACAGCAUUACUGAGGACACCGAUCUAGUUUUGGCUAACGCAGUUUAUUUCAAAGGCCUGUGGGCUCAGCGUUUCGACCCUAAGAGUUCUAAGCGCGAUAUCUUUUACUCUUCCGGCACGCAAAACUCCGUUAUCACCUUCAUGCGUCAGAAAGGAAAUUUCAAUCAUGUUGUCUCCGACGAACUAGGCGUCUACAUUUUGGAGUUGCCUUACAAAGGCGACGAGAUAUCGAUGUUCGUGCUACUCCCACCGUUCUCCGUCGCGCGAUCCGCUCAGAAUCCUUCGGAUGAGCCCCGCGACGGCAUUCGCCAAUUGGUGGAACGAUUAGCGACCAAAAGGGGAUCUCAGGAGCUUCGCAAGUGGCUUGACGACGGGAUGCUGACGCAGGAGGUCGAAUUGAGUCUGCCACGCUUCGAAAUCGAACGCGAACUGCCCAUCGGACAUCUACUGCACGCUCUAGGCGCUGGAGAAUUGUUGUCGCCCGCUGCAGCCGAUCUGCGCGGCUUCGUCGCCGAUGGUGAGCAGAGUCUGCAUCUCGGCGAUGCCGUGCAUCGCGCACGCAUUGAAGUCACGGAGGAGGGUACCACCGCGGCCGCAGCCACCGCGAUCUUCUCCUUCCGCUCCAGUCGACCCAUCGAGCCUGUCAUCUUCAAUGCCAAUCAUCCGUUCAUCUAUCUGAUUUAUGAUAAGCAAAGUCACAGUAUUCUGUUCACGGGCAUUUUCCGCACACCCGGUGCACCUCAAACCUCCGCUGCCGUUUAGGCAGAUCGCGCGGGAAAGCGCGAUCUCUUUCCCGUGAAAAGUCUUUCGGAUGACGUACAUAAUCCGAGAAUUUGGCAGAAACUGACGAAUUGUCGUCAAGUUUAUUCUCUUCCUCUUGAUCAGUCAACUCAAUUUUUGGGGUAGGAGCUAUCUUAUGCGUGAUGAGUGAUUUUUGUUAACGAAUCGGAGACCGUUGGUCCUUUUGAUUCUACGAAAUCGAGAUUACUUGCGAAUAUUUCCAAAAUCGAAGGAUCGAAGAAAGGAUUUUGCGCCCUCCGGUGAUUUUACGAGAAUGAGUUUAUUGCACGAAUCUCAUUAAUUUAUUGUUAUAUUUAAAUUAUAUAUAUCUUGUACCGUUUUCGUUGGUCGAAAACAAGUGCAAAAUAAAACAAAAAUCUAUCUACAUAAAGGAUUUGAUAUUAUUUUUUUAAUGAGACAUAGAUAAAUAAUUUUUAUAAACGCUAAUUGACUGAAAUAUUUAUUCUGCGAAAUGUUUAUUCUUCAAUCAGAAAAAAUCAAACGAUGAAAUACUAGUAAACGAAAGCUAUAAAGAUACAAUAUGUAGAUUUAUGUAAUAAAAAAGAAAAUAAAUAUACUCUCUUAAAUGUAUGCGUCAUUA